AUGAAUAGAGGAGCCGAUUCCUACAUAGACUUGGCUCGAAGAACAGGUCGAUACAGUGAUGGUAAAGUCAAAGCCUACAAAGAACUGAUGACGCAAAGCAUGACAGGGCAGGCAUCGCUUGUGAACGAGGCUCUUCACGCUGUAGUCGAGAAUAAACUGCAUCGAACUGCAUUGUCAGAGAGCAACAGCAGUGUUUUGGAAAGAAACCGAGCUCUACUUCAAUAUAUUGCGACAUUGGCAGGUUCAAACAAGAAGAAUGACCACUUUAACUAUGAGUUUGUGGAAUCUUUGAUUGCAGGUGGCGCUGAUAUCAACAUUGCUGACCAACACGGACAGUCAAUGUUUCAUGAGGUAGCACGUUCUUGGAAUAUAGAUGUGGCAAGGUUUCUCCUAGAGCAAGGUGGAAACAUAAACAUACAAGACAGCUUUGGUCGAACACCUUUACACGUCGCUGUGUCAGUGGACUUUGCUGAUAUGGCAGGAUAUCUGUUGGAAAAUCAUGCAGAUAUUGAUGCAAGAACGUUAGGGGAGUUACAAGCUCCAAUUCAUUACGCUGCAAAGAAUGGUGCAGAAAAGUCACUCAAACUCUUGUUAGGAUAUCACGCAGAUAUUGACUCCCUUGACUACAGGCAACGUACACCACUACAGACACCUCUGGAAAUUCAGCCUUAUCAGUUCUUAUCGACCGAAUACCACAACUCUCGCUGGAAGCUCUCAAUCAACUCCACAGUACAGACCUAA